CGAUAUCGUUUGACCCUAGUUAGGUACAUACUACUAGUAGUAAGAGCCUUGAACGGAACGUUAAAUUUUUAGAUAAGCCAAAGAAGUAUUAUCAUACCUACCUAGGUACCUACUUAACCUGGGUAUUCUUCUUCUAAGUUGAACAAGUCGAACGAGUCCAAGGCUAAGAGUCAAUUUUUAAAGCAUCUAAACACAUCUAAACGCAUCUGAAUACAUUCAUUUCAUCUUCAAGAUAUGUCUGUUGAAACCCUAACCACUAUCUCCCCUACUACAAAUGAGCCGAUAUUAACGCGCAAUGGCGUUACGGCCUCCGAGUUGGAAGAGAUCCCUACCAUUGCUGCUGAAAAAUUCAAGAGUUGGAGACAGACUUCCUUGGUUGACCGGCAAAUCAUAGUCAAGAAAGCACUCAAGCUACUAGAGAAGAAGAAGGAUGAACUUGCCGAAGAGCUUACCGUUCAGAUGGGACGGCCCAUUGCUUAUACCGGCGUUGAAAUCACUACUGCCAUUAAACGUGGUGACUAUUUAGUCAAAAUCAGCGAAGAGGCGUUGAAGGACACAGAUGGCGAGCCGGAGAAAGGUUUCAAGCGAUUCAUCCGAAAAGUCCCUGUUGGCCCCGUCCUCGUCAUCUUCGCGUGGAACUACCCUUAUCUGAUCUUAGUGAACUCGCUCAUCCCAGCUUUGCUUGCGGGUAACACCGUCAUCCUCAAGCCUUCACCUCAGACCCCUACAAUUGUGGAGCAGGUUGCCAAAGUUUUUGCGGAGGCCGGUCUGCCUGCCGGGGUCUUGCAAUACUUUCAUUGUGGCUCGCCAACAACGUUGGAGUCUGUCGUGCGGAACCCCAAGAUAGCACAUAUCUGCUUCACUGGCUCUGUUGCUGGUGGCCUAUCAGUCCAAAGAGCUGCCUCGGAUCGAAUUGUCAACGUUGGCCUGGAACUUGGUGGUAAGGAUCCCGCAUACGUUAGGGGAGACGUAGACCUCGACUGGGCGGCCGCCGAAAUUGUCGAUGGGUCAAUUUUCAAUUCAGGUCAGAGCUGCUGUGCUAUCGAGCGUGUUUAUGUCGAUGAGAAGAUCUACGAUUCAUUUGUCGAGGCCGCCCAGAAGGUGCUGAAAGACUACAAAGUCGGUGAUCCUCUCGAAAAGGAGACACAGAUCGGACCUGUCAUCUCAAAGCGAUCUAAGGAGACCAUCGAGUCCCAUAUUCAAGAUGCUCUAAACAAAGGCGCAAAGGACUCGACUCCAGAAAACGCAACCUUUUCAAGUCUCCCACUGAAAGGUAACUUUGUCAAACCCACUCUCCUCACGGAUGUCAACCACAGCAUGACGGUCAUGACGGAAGAGACAUUUGGACCGGUCAUUGCGGUCAUGAAAGUCAAGUCUGACGAGGAAGCCGUGACCCUUAUGAACGAUAGCGAAUUUGGCCUUACCGCUAGCGUAUGGACCAAGGACGUCGACAAGGGCUACGAAUUGGCAGAGCAAGUCGAGGCGGGGACGGUCUUUGUCAACCGAGCCGAUUACCCCAGCCCGGAUCUCGCCUGGACAGGCUGGAAGAAUUCGGGCAAGGGCGUCACUCUAAGUAAAUUUGGCUUUGAUCAGUUUGUGAAGCUAAAGAACUACCAUUUGAAAGACUACCCGAAAUAGUAUCUACCUACAUAGGUAGGUAUAUAUAUAAAUACAUAUAAAUGGGAAAUGUGAACCAAUAAAGAAGGAUUCAGGGGAGGAUGUUCUGGAAUGAAUAAGUGGUUUAUUUCAACGGUAUCCCAUUGGACGCCCUGAAAGCUUAGUCGAUGAACUGGGUGGAAACCUUCCCUUUUGGGCAACAAUGUUCCUGGUUUCACCUGGAUCCAAAUGUACUCAUGAUAGGUGGUUCGUGAUAGGUACUCGGGACGGCGACCUGGUUAUGCAAAGCUGACGAGUUGUUGUCUCAAAAGCCGGUGUUUCGAAACACACUGGGGCCAAUUCCAUUCAACUAAU